AUGAUUUUUAAUAUUUUAUUGUCUUUAAAUUUAUUUUUUAAUAUUUUUAUUUUAUUAAUUCUUCCCUUCUCUUACGAAUUUUCUGCCUCAACAAUUUUUUGUGAACAAUUUCCCGGUGGUAACAAAAUUUUUAAAAAUUUCCUUUUCUCUUCUCAAUUUUCUUUUAAAGAUUCAAUUUGUCAACAAUUUAUGCCCAACAAUAAAAAUAUUAAUAAUAAAAGGAGAAAACAAAAUUGCAAUUACCAGGGUUAA